AUGGAAGAGAAAAGUGCGACGCUUUCUCAUGACUCUGUUGUUAAUAACGGGAAAAAAUCUAUGAUUAAUACAAAAAAUAAUUCCCCUAAAAGCCAAGAGGUUCAAGCUACUGAUGAUAUAGGUGCUUUAAGGUUUGGAGAAGGGUCAAGUUCGAUUGCAACUAGAAGUGAAAACGCUAUCGAAAAGAAGAGAGGGAGGGGGAGGCCUAGAAAGUAUGAUAAUGGUGUUCCAAACAUUAAUGGAUCAUUGGGAACUUUUGUUGUACCAACGGCAUCUUCUUCAACAAAACGGGCUAAGGGACGGCCUAAAGGUACCGGGAAAUGGCAAGCUUUGGCUUCAAUUGGUGGAUAUAUGGACACAGCUGGAGGAAGCUUUACCCCUCAUGUACUGUUUGUGCACACAGGGGAGGAUCUUGUUCGUAAGAUAACAUCAUUUUGUCUAUGGGCUUCUCGUUCAGUUUUUAUUCUUGCUGCUAGUGGUGCAGUCUCCAGUGUUACCCUAUUCAAGCCUGGUCCUUCUACUGAAACUUCGAAGUAUGAGGGACUGUUUGAAAUUCUUACUCUUACUGGUUCUUAUCUUGUGACUGGUGAAAUGGGGACUCAUCCCAGAAAUGGUCCGUUGAGUGUUUCAUUGGCUCGAGUCGAUGGACGAGUUUUUGGUGGAAGUGUUUUAGGUUCACUAAUAGCAGCUGGCCCUGGGCCUAUCCAAGUUAUUGUUGCCAGUUUCAAGCAAAACGUCGGUCGUAAAAUCAGAAAGAAGUAUUCUGCAGGAACUUCAACAUCAGCCAACAUUCUUGCCAGUUCAGAAUUGGUGGAUGUUCCCAUUCAAUAUAUUGGAAUGGCAGAUGGCAAGGAGAACUGUACUCCAUCCCCAGCACCAGUUACUGUGAGGGCAGAUCCUGUGAAAGCAGAUAGCGCCAAAUCAGAUAAUGUUGUUGCUGAAAACCAUAACUUCAACUCUGCUUCUCCAGAAAGUGUUGGUCCAAACAACAUGCAGAAAGAAGAUAAUGUGAUUGCUGAAAACCAUAACUUAAACCCUAGCUCUCCACAAAGUGUUGGUCCAAACAACUUGCAGAUCUCGCCAGUCUCACUGCCAAUAUCUGAUGAGAUGAUAACUCCAGUCAGCAGUGCCAAUGUCCCUGAGAUGCAUGUAAAGGACUAA